AUGGAUGCUGUUAGUAAAAACAUGAUAUAUCAUCGGUUAACCCUGCUCCUCGUGGCGGUAUUAAGUUUUACUGGUGCGCUCGCCAAGAAGGUUGACUUUGCGUCAUUCUGGUUAAAUUCCAGAAGCUAUCCCACGCCCAGGCACGAAGUUCUGGACGAAAAUGUCGUCUUUCACGAUCUGUUCAAGAACAGACAGAUGGACGCGGAUUUCAGAAAGGCGUCUACAGUGUUCAUGGUUAGACUGUUUAACGGAAUACAGAAAACGGAGUCUUUGGCCAAGGCGGCAGGUCAAACAUGGGAAAAGCCAGAUUUUAAACUUUCAGAUACUAUCAGGAGUUUUUCUGCAAAAGAUGACGAGCACUCACAAAGAAAACCAGGGGUAGUUUUCAAGAUACCGUAUUUACCCCACAACGAGCUGUUGAGAAUGGCCGAGGUGAGAUUCGUGCGUCGUCCCAGCGACCCGAGUAAAGAUCGACGACUCAAACUGCGUCUGAACGUCCGGAAGGGCAACUCGUUCGUGAGGAAGAUCGUCGUCAGAGGGAAGGCCACCACGCAGGACGAGUAUGACGUGUUCGACGUCAGCCGAGUCCUCAGUCCCUGGAUUAACGGUUACCACGGCAACGUGACCAUCCACGUCCGACUUCCCAAGAAGUACAGGGUGGACGCCCCGCUACACUCCAAGUCGAGUUCCAACUCGCUGAUCGUCUUCUACCUCCAGGAUCGCGAGUUCCUGAGGAACAUGUACAAAAGUUACACCACGGUCGAACGGUCUAAACCGGAAACGGUCACGUCACGUGGUAGACGAGCUUCGCGGAAAGGUCGACGCGUGCGCGGGCGUAACAAAUGGCGGAAGAACAAAUACAAAGAUGGCUGCAAGAAGUACGAGUAUGAGAUAGACUUCAACACGAUCGGCUGGGGACAGUGGAUCAUUCACCCUAAGCGGUUCAACGCUCGGUUCUGUUAUGGGGAAUGCCCGUCUCCCCUGGACGUGAAGUACAAGCCGACGAACCACGCCAUGCUGCAAACGCUGAUGAAGAUGAAGAAACCGAAGAGCGCGCCACUACCGUGCUGUGUCCCGAUCAAACUGAAACCUCUCAGUAUGUUGUACUUUGAGUAUGACGAGAUCGUGGUACGUCAUCACGAAGAAAUGAUAGCAGACGAGUGUGGGUGUAGAUAACCUCCACAUCAUAUGACGUCACCAUGACGUCAUCACAAACUGAUAUGUCACAGUGACGUCAUCCCUUAACAAUAAAAGACGAGUGUGGGUGUAGAUAAUAUCCACAUCAUAUGACGUCACCACGACGUCAUCACAAACUGAUAUGUCACAGUGACGACAUCCAAUAAUAGCAGAUGAGUGUUUCUAGAUUACCUCCAGGUUAUUGUUGUAUGUUUGCAUACGACAUCACAAAACGAUUGCAGAUGAAAGUGGAUGCAGAUAACUUCCACAUCAUUUGACGUCACAGUGAUAUCAUCACAAAAUAAUGUCAGAGUGACGUCAUCGCAUACCGAUAGCAGAUGAGUGUCAAUAUAGAUUACGUCAGGUUAUUGUUGUGUCUUCAUACCAUCUGACGAUGACUUCAUCUCAAACUGAUAGAUGAAGGUCUAUAAUGAUUACCUCGGGUUGAUGUAUAUCAUCAUAUGGCAUCACAGUGACGUCAUCACAAAACAACAGCAGAUUAUAGUGGGUGUCGAUAGCAAGUUAUUGUUCCCGUCAUCACCUAACAUCACCACAAACUCAUAGCAGACGAAUAGUGUACGUUGUUGAAAUGUGUCACAAGCUGGCAGCAGGCGUAUAAAGAUCUCGUCAACCAGGAAUUAGGUAAACCUACUGGUAUUAUAUUUCAUAGAAAACGAUUUAAGUUCAAGACGAAAAGUAUCUGAAUUGUAUUAAUCUACUAACCAUCUCGAAGACUGCCUGAAAUUAUCCUGCAUUAAAGAGAAGAAGAAAUUUGGGUUGUUUAACGACACCACUGGAGCACAUUGAUUACUUAAUCAUCGGGUAUUGGAUGUCUAUCUGAGAUGUUUCUAACUAUGAUAUUAUUUGACUGUCAAUCUCGUGUGUUUCUUGUAGUAGAGUGCUCCGCAAGGCUCAAUGGGUAGGUGUAAACCACUUGCACCGACCAGUGAUCCAUAACUGGUUCAACAAAGGCCAUGGUUUGUGCUAUCCUGCCUGUGGGAAGCACAAAUAAAA